UUGAAUAAUUUGAGUAAAUGUUAAAAAUAUAAAGAAUCAAUGCCACAAUCAUUUUUAACAUACUUACCUACUAUACAUUUUAUAAGUAGGUACCAAAUAAGAAGGUUGUGUAAACAAUUCUAUGGUGUGGUUAAUAAAUAAUAAAUAAACAUGAAUUUGGCAGCCGUAUUUAUUUGCUUUACUGGAAUUGUUUUUAAAGUGUCUUACGCAAGUAUAAUACACGUCUAUGGACCAGGUUUAAGACCCAAAGAAAUAGUUAUGCCUGCUAGAUAUUUUUUCAUUAAUACUUCGCUUACCCAGGAAGAGCUGUAUACAAAUUCACAAAAAAAUAUUGCUGUAGAAAUAUUUGGAACAACAAAAUUUAAAGAUAGAUGUAGAAUUUGGACUAAUGUACUAGAUCGGAAAGAUGGAUCAUUUAUAGUUCGUUAUAAAGUCUAUGAGACAUGUUAUAAAUUGUUAAUUAAUAUUUAUUUCAAGAAUAAACAUAUAGAAAAAUCACCAUUUGUAUUUGAAGGUCCUAUUCAAGGUGACCAAUGUAAUUGCCCUGCUCCGAAUAUGGAGAGUUGGAUGUUGGAAUAUGGAUGUGAGUUAUCAGAUAGUCAAAUUAAUGAAGAUCUAAAACUGUUUACUGAAUCAUCAAUGCAAGACUAUGUCAGAAAAGUGGUUAAGAAAUAUCACAAGCCAGACAGCAUAAGCUUCUGCCACUAUGUAAUACAGGACAAUGAACUAUUUAGAGACUGCUAUGGCAAACAUGUAGGUUUUAAUAUGUUUGCUGAUAACAUAUUUUUAUCUAUAUUGCGCAGAGUGAAGAUAGCAGAUUUACAGCUUGUUAUGAAUUUAGGUGACUGGCCUUUGGUUAAAAAGACUGAUGAAAUAUUGCCAAUAUUUUCAUGGUGUGGUAGUAACGAAACAUUUGAUAUUGUUUUACCUACGUAUGACAUUACUGAGUCAACAUUGGAGAAUAUGGGAAGGGUAACACUGGAUACAUUGUCAGUUCAAGGUAACAUUGACAAAAAAUGGGAAGACAGAGAAUCACGUGCAUUUUGGAGAGGACGGGAUUCUCGUAUGGAAAGACUGAAACUGAUAGAUAUUGCUAAAGCACACCCAGAAUUAUUUAAUGCGUCCCUUACGAAUUUCUUUUUUUUUCGUGAUAAGGAAUCACAAUAUGGACCUAAGGUCCCACAUGUAUCAUUUUAUAAAUUUUUUGAUUACAAAUACCAAAUAAACAUUGAUGGCACUGUAGCUGCGUAUAGACUGGCUUAUUUGCUAGCUGGAGGAGGACUUGUUUUCAAGCAAGAUUCACCAUAUUACGAACAUUUCUACCGACAACUACAACCAUGGGAACAUUAUAUUCCAAUAAAAAGAGAUCUGUCAGAUCUAGUCGAACGUAUCAAGUGGGCUCGUGACAACGACGACAAAGCUCAGAGGAUAGCACAAAAUGCAAGACAAUUUGCAAAUGAACACUUGUUACCGCAACAUGUUAUAUGUUAUCAUGCUCUCCUCUUGUCAGAAUGGAGUAAGAAGAUGCAUGGUGAAAUAACCCCCCCUGAAGGUAUGACACAUAUUCCCCAACCGAAGUCAGAAUGUGAUUGUAAAUUGAAGGUAUCGAAUCAUGAAGAAUUAUAAGACUUGUUUCUGCAUUAUGUAUAUUAACCAAAAUUAUAAAUGGUCGCUGUUAAGCAUUAGUGUC